CAAGGAACAUUAACGAUAUAUAAAACACGGACAGAUAAAAUGGUCCUCCCUCUGCAGAAUGGAGAAUGAAACUUUUAAUGCCGAUAUUAUAAUGAUUGAGGGGUUAAAGGUCAGUCCCCAAUCCUACAUUUCCUCCUUCAUUGUCCUCCUCACCAUCUACAUCUUCAUCAUGGUGUCCAACAUCAGCCUGGUAGUCCUGAUCAGCAUGGAGAGGAGCCUCCAUGAGCCCAUGUACAUGCUGUUCUGUAACAUGAGUAUUAAUGAUGUGUUCGGAGCCACAGUCAUCAUCCCUCGCCUGUUGAGUGAAGUUUUCACUCCGAUCACAGAGCGGUCCAUCCAUUACAUUGACUGUGCUAUUCAGGCCUUUGCUUGUCAUUUCCAUGCAGGCACCUCUCAUGCGGUGCUCAUAAUCAUGGCAUUUGAUCGCUAUGUGGCCAUCUGCAACCCCCUACGUUACGCCACCAUCAUGACCAACAGGAUGCUGGUGAAGCUGUCAGUGGGAGCCUGGGUGGUGCCCUUCAUCCUUGUCGCGAUCGUCAUGGGUCUCACUCUCCGCCUGACGCGCUGCAGGCGGGUUAUAAUCAACCCAUUCUGCGACAAUCCCUCUUUGUUCAAGCUUUCCUGCCAGAAUCUUCUCAUCAACCACAUCUACGGCCUUGCCAGCGCAGCCAUUGUCCUGGGCUCCUCCCUCUGCAGCAUCACACUCACCUACCUCAGAGUCACUAUGGUUUGUUUGAGGAAUAAGAACAAGGCUCUGAACAGCCGGGCGCUGCAGACCUGCGCCACCCACCUGGCGGUAUACCUGAUCAUGCUGGUUUCGUCCUUCACCCCUAUGAUCAUGCACCGACAACCUGAGUGGGCGGACAAUGGGAAAGUGGCAUCCGUCCUGUUCCACGUCAUACCUCCGGCCCUAAACCCCAUCAUCUAUGGGCUCCAAUGUAAAGAGCUCAGACAGAAGAUUGUUAGCGUGUUUCACAAAAAAAAAGUCAUGAAUUUGAAAACUUUCCAUAAAUAA